UUGAAGAUUGCAAUACAGCAGCAGUGCACUUGAGGCUACACUAGGGGCGGAGUUUGACCUCUCAAGUCUCAAAACAUCACUAAUCCGCGUCGGACAUUCUGGCACAGGCCAUCAACUGGCCCCCCCGUUUGUGCAGAAAAAGGGACGAAUUUUCACCGAAAUACCCACUGUCCCGACCGGGUGUGCGUGGCAUCACACAGAGGCUCGGGCUGCCGCCUGUGUGCGUGUCGGAGGGAUUUGGGGGGGAAAAUGCUGCACUAUGACAGAUAGUGCGUUACAUGCGUCUGGACAUAUCUGCAGUCAUUUCUAGGCAGUUUUGUUUCGCAGGCUUUCGGAGAGAGAAGUGUUGGGAUUUUGCGCGUUGACAGCUGGACCGCCCUGCGCCUUCAUUGGAGGCGAGCGAAGCAAGUAUCCGCUUCCCUUUAAGAUAUUGUUCGGUUGCCAGUCAAUGUCCAGUAGCACAUGGCUGAGGCUGCCCUGUGGCUGAUCCUGACAAUGCUUUCAACCAACCGCUCCGGAGGUGCGUGGGGAUGAAAUGGAUGGAGCCCAUGGCCAGACCAACGCACCAGCUCCCACCUCUCAGCAUGUCCAGCCGCAGCAAGUCUCCCCCCAACUCUGGAGAAGUUGCAGGCUCUAACUCCAUGGCAUGGGUGAAGAUGUUUAAAAAACCUGGAGGAGGCCUGAAGAAAUCCUACCAGCCUGGGAGCAUGCUGUCUCUCGCGCUCACCAAAGGCCUCCUCAAUGAGCCCGGGCAAAAUAGCUGCUUCCUGAACAGCGCAGUCCAGGUGCUUUGGCAGCUGGACAUAUUCAGGAGAAGUUUGAGGCAGCUCUCAGGUCACUUCUGUCUCGGUGAUGCCUGCAUUUUCUGUGCUUUAAAGAGUAUAUUCAGCCAGUUCCAGCAGAGCAGAGAGCGUGUGCUCCCCUCCGACAGCCUGCGUAAUGCCCUAGCUGAAACUUUUAAGGAUGAGCAACGCUUCCAACUUGGCCUGAUGGAUGACGCCGCUGAGUGCUUUGAGAACAUCCUGGAGCGAAUUCAUUUACACAUAGUUUCAGAUGCUGCAACGGAUGCUUGUUCAUCCAAAUCCUGCAUCACCCAUCAGAAGUUUGCAAUGAUGCUUUACGAGCAGUUUGUGUGUCGCUGUUGUGGUGCAUCUUCAGACCCACACCCAUUCACAGAAUUCGUACAUUAUGUUUCAACCACUGCUUUAUGCCAACAGGUUGAUCGCAUGUUGGGGAAGAAUGAGCGGCUCAGGUCAGACAUGUUUGGAGAAUUGCUACAGGCAGCAAACAACACAGGUGACCUCCGGAGCUGCCCGAGCGACUGUGGUCAAAGUAUCAAGAUCCGCCGUGUGCUCAUGAACUGUCCGGAGAUUGUCACUAUUGGAUUUGUAUGGGAUGCUGAGCAGUCUGAUCUUACAGACGAUGUAAUUCGAUCACUUGGCCCACGUUUGAACCUGUGUGGGCUUUUCAACCGUGUCACUGAUGAAAAUGCUAAACGGAGUGAGCUACAUCUGGUGGGGAUGAUCUGUUUUGCGAGUAAACAUUACUCAGCGUUUGCCUAUCACACCAAAUCUUCAAAAUGGAUUUUUUUUGAUGAUGCUACUGUAAAGGAGAUUGGAUCCAAAUGGAAAGAUGUUGCCUCUAAAUGUAUCAGGGGACAUUUCCAACCACUUCUUUUAUUUUACACUAAUCCUGAGGGAUCUCCAGUUUCUAAUGAAGAUGCCCCGAGACAAACCACUAUGUGUCCUCGGUACAAAGCCCAAGUGAAUGGUGACGUGACAGUGAAACAUCCCCUUUGCAGUCCUAAUAAAUUCCAGGAACCUUUCAUGGAGAAUUUGCAAAGGCCAAGCGAAAUGACAAAAAAGGAUCGAGGGCAUCGUAAAACGGACCCAUCACAACACAAAGAGAUGGCACAUGCAAGAUCUUCAUCUCCUCCUGAGAAUGGACUGAGGCCUUCUGCAGACCAAAAAUCAAAAACCUAUCCACGCACUGAGAAGUCAUCAAACCAUUCAAGCAGAGGAUCUCAGGAGCCACGUGGACAGUCCUUCGGUACACAGGGUGGUGGGCAUAGCCGAAGGAACAACACUUCCCCAAGUCGCUAUGAUCAGGAGAGCUGCCAGGAGCAAUGGGAAAAAGGUGGAAGUGAUGGAAGUCGCAAUAAAUCCAAGUCCACUUGGAGACCCAUUCGGGAGGUGUUAAAUGUGGACACUGUACUGAACGAACUGGAGCAGCGCCGUCAGCAGCAACACGACAGCCCACGGCACAGUAAGCCUUCACCCCAGGAAAGAGUGCACACUGAUCAAAGCCGUGAGCGGGAAUAUGUACGAGCCAGAGAAGAUCGAAAGCAGAAGUGUUUAAUGACGAUUUAUGAGGAUGAGCAGCGGCAUGAAACUGAGAGCCACAGCUCUGUAGAGUCAGAGAGCAGGCCCAACCAACAGAGGGGCAGCAGACUUAAGGGUGGCCCCAAGACACUGCUGCGUAGUGAUACCUGGACUAUUCAAAGGACAGAGUCUGGCUAUGAGAGCAGUGAUAGACUCAGCAGUGGCUCCACCAAUCCUGACUCACCGGGCGUUGAUGGCUUCAUUGUUAAAGACCAGAGAUCAACACCAGAGGCACAGUUGCAAAGUCAGCUGCACCAAAAAGGAGGCGAUGCCAAAUCAAGUAUAGUGACCUCACCUUCACACAAUGGAAAACAUCCACCCAAACCUCAGGGAAAGAACCAUGACCAAGUUUCACAUUCAAAUCUAAAGUGCAGUCCAAGUUCGAGACGGAAAUCAAAGUACACUUCUAGUACCUCCAGAAAAGCAGUCUCUUCAGAGAGAGACUCCACUGGUUCAGAUAACAGGCAGAGUGAACAGCAGGAGCUGACAAACUGUAGAGGGCACGCUGGAGAAAGUACAGCCCUGAGGCACAUUACAAAAACCAGCAGCUCAGAAUGGAACAGUUCUGAUGAUCUCGCUCUCUCUGAGCCCGAAGACAGAGAAAACACGUACCGCUCCAGCAAUAGCGAGGCCGUCGCCUCUGAAUCCCAGUGUCCUCACAUAACCCUGCCAUACCACCCUCCCAGCAACGUGACGGCAGAACCUCUCCAAAUGAACAAUCAGCGUCAGCUUGGCACAACAGGGUCGCCUCACCUUCGACCGACACAGCGGAUCUCUCCACACCAGGGUGAAACAAGCCAUGCGGUGUUUCGUCCGAGGAUGCUUCAAGAACCCUUUCCAUCGAGUCCUCGUCUUUCAUCUACUUCCUAUGUCAGUCCUCACAGGAAGCCUGACAUUUCAGGCCUCAGAACUUUCUCAGAUGCAAGCUCCAAGUCGGGCUCUGACCCAGAGAGGAGUACCCCAUCAUCAUGCGACAGUGAGGAAAGACUAACUGGGUGCAGAGUGGAACAGGCAGCGCCAGCUCAAGAGGUUUCUCUGACAACAUACUUCAAUGUGGAUAACUGUAUGACGGAAACAUACCGUCUCAAGUACCACAACCAGAGGCCUCUUGUCCUCUCUGCCACGGUGCCACGGACAGUGGUUGUGACUGAGCGCAGAGAUACCAGCCACACACUCCCCACUGACACAUACUCACAAGAUGUGCCAAAAGCCAGACCUGAAACAAGCCAUAAUAGCAAUAAACCUACUGCAAAAUGGAACCCAGUGACAGCCAAAGGACUGGAUGAACGUGGUUUUUUAUGAGUGUUACUUGGUAAGGAUUGUUUACAAGGAUGGACAGUGGUCAGUAGAGUCCUAACUGGAUGCCAAAGAGUUUACAGAAUGGAAAUAUGUUGUAAGCCUGACAUCUCCAAAAUUAUUUAUGCAAGCUUGUCACAUAAGUAAAACCUAUUUCUAAAUGCUGUUGCGUGUUGUCUGACGAAUUAUCAACUAUCAGAUAUACUGUACCGUCUUCCAUUGUCCCGCGUUAUUGCUGCACAAAGAUUUUGUUUUAACCAAAAUCUGGACUGUUUUCAGUUUGCACAAAAGGGUUUUUUGAGUCUUUACUAUUAUUUUUAUCACCCUCUGUCAUGUUUUUUUUUUUAUUUGUGCAGUCGUUCUGCAGAAGUGUUGCAGAACGGAAGAUAUACCAAUAUAUUGCAAGAAAGGCAUUAGAGAUUAUAGUGAGCUACAGUUAGACGUAUCAUACUGUGGUCUGUACAGUAAUUAUACAAUCAUGAAAGAUGUGAGUGUGAUAACAGAUCACAGCAUGUUGACAAGUUAUGUAAAAGAUACUUUAUCGGACUAUGAUGUCAUUCUAUAUGACGAAAUAAGACCUACAGGCUGAAGGUUUGCAUCAUCAGCUGCAGGUUAAAGAUAGCUCAUUUAUUUACAUCUGUCAAAGGAGUAAUAUCUGGGCAGCUUACUGACUUUAUGCAUAUUGAGGGCUUUAGGUCACCAGGGAACAGACAUUGCAACAUUUACGUAUAUUAAGUUACUGAUUUAUUUCAACUGUUAUCAUUUAUCAGUUGUUUUGCAACAUUUAUGUGUUAAUGAAUGACUGAGGGCUGCCUCGUACCAGUCAACCUCCGUGGCUGGGCACACAUAAAACUGUGUUGACAGGGAUUCUUGUUAAUUCAUUGCUUCAAACGAUUUGUUAAUUUUCCUGGAAAACCAUUGGCAGAUUUCAUGUCAUCGUUCAUAAAUAUGUAUAGAUCCCUGAGAGGCACAUUUUCUGAAAAUGUGACUGCGUUCAGUUUCUGGCAGUCUACAAUUUAUUGAUUAUGAUAUCCAGUAUUUGGGGCAGCCCUCAGGUUAUUCCGAUGUCACUGUAUACCGUACAACCAUGUCACCUUGUGUAUUCUACCUGCAAUUGUGCUGGUUCUUGUAAUCCUGUUUUGUAAUUCACAGUGAUGUCAAAUUGUAUUUUUUCAGUCUUCCUUUUAAAGUAGACAGAUUUAAACAGGUAUGUAUUUGCAGGUAUUUUCAUAAUUUUGCCAAUAUAAUUAAUAUAGUCUAUCUGAUAUUGACCACACAACACAAUUAUUCUUGUUCUAAGACUAAUGUUCUGAAACCUGCAUGUGGCCUUUAAAAAGUCUUACUAGCUGUGUGUACAGCAUAAGCAUGGCAUGAUAAUACUGAACUUUGAGUCCAACAAACAUAAAUUCUAUUGGAUUUUACGUAAUUGUUAUAAAAUCAAUUAAUUAAAUAGCUAUUUGUACCUACAGUUGAUUUGGAAACUUGUUUAACACUUGAAUGUUGUUCUCCUCUCUUGCUCAUGCAAGGACACAUACGUUUGGUUAUGCAUCCAUUGUAAAUAUAAACAUAUGAUGGAAACAAUACCCUAGAAAUCAACCCACUGUCCAAGACAUGACUAUGCAUUCACUAAAAGUUACUUUAAGAUCACUUAAAAAGCAGAUUUUGGUACUUUUAAGGCUUUGCAUUCUGUAUAUCCGGCCUUCCAGAGAACACAUAAAAAUCAGCGUUGUUCAAUUGCCAAGUCUUUCACUAAACUUCCUGCCAGUUAUACAUGUUUUUUCACCACAAUAACCUUUGUCCAGGUAUUUCUCAACUAUUCUAACCACACACUUUGGUCACUAAAUUUGCUGUGUUUGUGUGUGUUGUGUUUGUGCUGUCUGACACCAAAGUAUGGUGUUUAGAGAUUUAUGUGAUCACACCUAAACUUGUAAUUUGAGCAUCUACUUGCAUUUGUCAUGGUUUAUUUAUUGACACUGUUUAAAUUCAAGAAGGUGGCAUACAGUGUAACUAAGCUAUUAAGAAUUUAUUUAACUAAGCAGUCUAAUGUUUCAAAUAACAUAAGGAUGCCUUUACACAUGUUGAUUGUGCUGUAGUAAUUAUAAAUCACUUACAGUUAUUUUAAGAUAUCUAAUAUAAUCACUGGAUAAUUAAAUCCAAAUUACUUAACUAUUGGAUUAGAUGAAGCUCAGCCGGAGUAUGUUAACCAGAUUAUCUUAAUGUUGUCACACCUGCAAAAUGUUUUUUUUGUUUCUCAUGACUAAUGCGUAUACAGUAUUUGUCCCUUUAUUUAAUUGUUUUCUUCCUUUGUAAAAUAAGGAAUGCUGUUGUUUUUCACACAAGUUGUAUUUUACAUUCUGAACUUUGUGUCUUCAGUUGUUAUCAAGAGUGCCUUGACAUUGUCAGUGUUUUCUGUGAGUGAAACCAGUUAGAGAAUGAAGGCGAUGAAUGAGAAGGGAUGGAGGAUGUCAUGCUAAACUUUUAAAUAUGCAAUGCUAAUAGUGACAUAUCUGAUGACACGCCUCUGUGUGCACUAUUGUACUGUGUGUGUGUGUGUGUGUGGGUGGGGGGUUGAACCAGGUCCAGUAUUCCUAAAAAGGCCUUUCAGACUAGGAAGCUACAACCUUAACAGCAAAAGUUUGACGUAUUCUUGUGGCCGGCAAAGCUUCCCAGUUUGAAAGAGCCGUAAUGUAAAAUAACUGAAAUAUUUUUUUCAGUGCUAAACUUAAUUAUUAUAAUAGUUACUAAAUGUGCAUACACGCCUGUGUGUUCAUGUACGAGCUCGGAAAAAGAAGCUAAUAAUUGGUUUUUGACCCCAUAAUCCAUGGUCUCCAGUCACAAUAAGACUUUAUAUACUCAAAAGGCCUGUUUGACAAAAAGGCCUUUUUGUCCUGUGUCACAUGACGUCACAGUUGGCAUUGCAUCAGCCCAUAUCGUUUAUCUUGUGCUAAAUAUACAGGGACAGAACCUAAUUAGAUCAACACUAAAGAACAAAGGAAAACUUUCUUUACGUUCCUGGCUGAUGUGGCCUGAUGUGUUGGAACUGUAUGCCUAACUGAAUCCUAUUGUCAUACCUCUGUGGUGUGGUUAGGAUUUGGCCUGACAUUACUGUUGAAUUGAGUUGUUGGUGCUUCAGUGAAUGCUUCAUGACUUAUGUAAGUACAGAUCAAUUUAAAGAAACAAAAAAAAAUCUGUCUACACUUUAUAUUUUUGUAGAUUAUAUAUAUUUAUUUUUAUUCAUUGUUGAAUAAAGUUUAAAUUAUUGUAUCACUCUUAA